AUGUUCAAGUCAAUUAUCUUCGUGACGCUGUUUGUGGGCGUUUGCUACGCUGGCCUGGUCCAUCACCACCAGGACGAUGACGAUGUGUCGGAAACGGAGCACCAUCACAAUAUCGAGCAUAAGCAUGCGACCUCGCACCAGAGCUUCAAGUUCCACCAUUUCCACGCCGUCCCGGUGUACGUGAAGAAGGAGGACCAGCAGUUCCUGAAGCACCCGGUCGAAAUUUCGGGACUGAAGCAUAACCUUAAGAUUGUGCACCCGGAAACCGAACAACACCACGGACACGGUCUCACCCUCGAGAACCACAGUGAGUUCGAGAGCAAAAUCCAUGGUGGACACGGGUACGAUCUUGGCCACGCCGGCACUGAGCAUAUCGGCCAGGAGCACUAUGGUGGCCACGAGUACGAUCACCACCAGUUCGGACACGAACUGGACGAGCAGGAGGAAUGA